GUCGGAUUUCAUAAGAUCUCCAGUCUGCCCGCCUCAUUGGCGGCGUUUCGCAGCGAAACUCGCCAUGUCGUCGGCUUCGCUGGGUCAGUUGAAGUACACCUACACACAGGUGGUGGAGACUACACUGCAGCUUUGCGACGUGUCCGACCUACCGGCAGCCACACUGCUGGCGCUGGCGGAACGCUGGCGAAGCGUGCUGGCGAGGCGUCUCCUGGAGAUGCAGGAGAAGGAGGGCCUUGGACCCCCAGAGCAAGUGCAUUUGGAGGCGCCAGACGUCUCAGUGGUCUUCUCGAGCUAUCCCAAGGAUGAAGGUGACACCUCCGGCUUCACUUUGCUGGGUACCUGUGUCGACAUGGUGGUGCCUCCCCCCGCACUCACGGAGGCGCAGAGGACCUUUCCAACCGCCCCAGCGCUCAAGAGUGCAGAGGAUCUUCCAGCCUUGCCCUUUGAACCAGCUCCGGGGACUCCAGCGCCUGGACGCCCUUCGAAGCGAAAACGUCCAGGAACACCCAGUGCAACAAUCUCCCCGGGCACACCGCGACCGCCACCUCUGGCAGUGCUGAAUGCACAGGCGGGACAUCUCUCGCCGGUGCUGCAAAGUGUGCAAGAGGAGGAUGAGCAAUUUGCCGGUUGCUUUGAUGAUGCGGAGGUGAUCUUGCAGUCCCCGCCGCCACAAGAGGUGGUGCAGCGGGCAGAUGGUUCGGGCUCGGAGCUGGGCUCGGACCUGGAUGAUGUGGAGGAGCUCUUUGUUCCGGACGCGUUGAUCUUCACGAAGGUGGCCCGUGUCCGGAAGAACCCCAAGCGUUGGAGCGUGCGCUUGAAGGAGGGCGUCUUGCGGGUGAAUGAUUUGGAGAUGCUCUUCGCUUCAGGGCAGAUGCAGUUGGAUCUACCUGAGGCGCCCCAGGCGACGCUGGAGCCUUCAGGCGACGCGCCCUUUGCGCGCAAUCUGCGCGCGCACGUGCAGGCGACCAAUGGAAUGAUCCUGCGUCCGUGGCGGAUGCUCCGGCAGACGCCCUGGCGAUCGUAGCGAGCUAGAGAAAAAUGGUUGUCUUGAGUGAUGAGACUCAUGGGUGAACCUGUGAGUCGUGCAGUUCAUGUGUUUCUCAUGAAAUUGGGAUGUACUAGGUGUGAUUCCCCUCCGAAAUAAGUGGUUUGCUUCCUACCGAGAGUCUUUUACAGCUGUCCACUUGCUUGCUUGGUCCGUUGCAGAGUUCUUUGCUAGUAAGUAAGUAAGUAAGUAAGUACGCGAUGUUUGGAAUAGCUGCCUAACCAAGAAACCUCAGUCCAAGACACUCAGCCAAAGAAUCAGCAGCCCAUCGUCCACAUGGCGAUGCAAAAACCAAAUUCAUGCACAGCAAAAGAGGAUUGGUCCGGGGCGCAACUGUUCAUCAAAGUUCUUUGCUGUGAAGGCUCGACGUGUGAUGUACGCGGCCUGACCACGUUUGGUGAAACGACGGUUUUGUUUUCGUUGUUUUUUCUUAACAAAUCCGUAGAUCAGGAUGACUUGCAUGCUGCUUCAUGCUGCUUCUUGGAUGUGGUUUUU